AACACUAAUAAAGCCGUUGCAACGCGAAUGUCAAAUUUAUAUUCAUAUGUUUUGUUUACAAUCGCAUGAAAUUAAAAACCAUAGAAUCAAUUCGCUGAUAUGUCCCAAGUAAAGCGAUACCGCAGAUCCUCAAAGUCCUCCGAUGACGGGGAGCAGGACAACGAGGACUACGUGCCGUACGUUCCGGUGAAGGAACGAAAAAAGCAGCACAUGGUAAAACUGGGCCGUAUCGUACAACUAGCUUCAGAGACGGCGCAGCCCAAGUCAUCCAGCGAAAAUGAAAACGAUGAUGACUACCAGGGAGCCCACGACGCGGAGACCUAUGGCCGGAAAUAUAACAUCAGUCUGCUGGAUCAACAUACAGAGCUCAAGAAAAUUGCCGAGGCCAAGAAACUGAGCGCCGUGGAAAAGCAGCUCCGCGAGGAAGAGAAGAUCAUGGAAAGCAUUGCCCAACAAAAGGCCCUGAUGGGCGUGGCAGAGUUAGCGAAAGGUAUUCAGUACGAGGAACCCAUUAAGACUUCCUGGCGACCGCCCAGAUACAUUGAAGCCAUGCCAGAAGAGGAGCGGCAACAGAUCCGCCAGCAGCUGAGAAUCCUUGUCGAGGGAGAGAAUCCUAGUCCACCAAUCCGCAGUUUCCGAGAGAUGAAGUUUCCCAAAGGCAUUCUAAACGGCCUCGCGGCCAAGGGAAUCAAGACUCCAACACCUAUUCAGAUUCAAGGAUUGCCCACUGUACUGGCGGGUCGCGAUCUAAUUGGCAUUGCCUUUACCGGCUCCGGAAAAACACUAGUCUUUGUGCUGCCUGUGGUGAUGUUUGCUCUGGAGCAAGAGUACAGCUUGCCCUUUGAACGCAACGAGGGCCCCUACGGACUAAUUAUUUGCCCGUCUCGGGAGCUUGCCAAGCAGACGCACGAGAUUAUUCAGCACUACAGCAAGCACUUGCAGGCCUGCGGCAUGCCUGAGGUGCGCUCCUGUUUGGCCAUGGGCGGAUUACCAGUAAGCGAGGCCUUGGACGUGAUAUCCAAAGGAGUGCACAUUAUUGUGGCGACGCCAGGACGUCUUAUGGACAUGUUAGACAAGAAGAUUCUGACGCUGGACAUGUGCCGCUACCUGUGCAUGGAUGAGGCUGACAGGAUGAUUGACAUGGGGUUCGAGGAGGACGUGCGCACGAUAUUCUCAUUUUUCAAGGGCCAACGCCAGACGCUUCUCUUCUCUGCGACUAUGCCAAAGAAGAUCCAAAACUUUGCUCGUUCGGCGCUCGUGAAGCCAGUUACCAUAAAUGUUGGUCGCGCCGGAGCAGCGUCUAUGAACGUCACCCAGGAGGUUGAGUACGUGAAACAGGAGGCUAAAGUGGUAUAUCUGCUGGACUGUCUACAGAAGACUGCGCCGCCCGUGCUGAUAUUUGCCGAGAAAAAGCAGGACGUGGACUGCAUACAUGAAUACCUCCUUCUGAAGGGCGUGGAAGCGGUCGCCAUUCACGGCGGAAAGGACCAGGAGGAACGGUCGCGAGCCGUUGACGCUUAUCGCGUGGGCAAAAAGGACGUUCUGGUGGCCACGGAUGUGGCCUCAAAGGGCCUGGACUUUCCCAACGUGCAGCACGUUAUCAACUACGACAUGCCGGACGAUAUCGAAAACUAUGUGCAUCGAAUUGGUCGCACAGGUCGGUCCAACACUAAGGGAUUGGCUACCACGCUGAUUAACAAGAUCACCGAACAGUCCGUUCUUCUGGACCUAAAGCACUUGCUUAUCGAGGCCAAACAGCAAGUGCCCGACUUCUUGGACGAAUUGGCGCCAGAGGCGGAGCACCAGCACCUGGACCUGGGCGACUCACAUGGCUGCACCUACUGCGGCGGCCUGGGCCAUCGGAUCACAGAGUGCCCCAAGCUGGAGGCCGUGCAAAACAAACAGGCUUCGAACAUCGGACGCCGGGACUAUCUGUCGAACACUGCGGCGGAUUACUAAUCUGUGGCCACCGAUUGCAUAAUUAUAAGAAAAUUGUACAUUAGUUGACAAAGGGAUUAAAUAGAUUUCUUACAUAUAUGUUUACAUACAUAAGUAAAACAAAAGGAGACUUUCAACCUGAA